AUGCCACUGACCGUAAAAGAUUGUACGGCCUGUAGUGACCCACACCGAAGAGGCGAAGCUUCCUUCAAGUACCACCCCCCUCCCCUUGAAUUUACAAUCAAUUUCCAAAACUCUCUCCCAAAUCCGAUCAAAUCCUGGAAAAAUGUCCACAUUCGGCGGCGACGAAACCGCUCCGUUCUUUGGCUUCCUCGGCGCCGCGGCUGCCCUGGUUUUCUCAUGUAUGGGAGCGGCAUAUGGCACAGCAAAGAGCGGCGUGGGCGUCGCCUCCAUGGGAGUCAUGCGGCCGGAGCUUGUGAUGAAAUCGAUCGUGCCCGUCGUUAUGGCUGGAGUGUUAGGUAUCUACGGUUUGAUCAUUGCGGUUAUUAUCAGUACGGGGAUUAACCCAAAGGCCAAAUCGUAUUACCUUUUCGACGGUUAUGCCCACCUCUCCUCUGGUCUCGCUUGUGGUCUUGCUGGCCUUUCCGCCGGUAUGGCUAUCGGUAUCGUCGGUGAUGCCGGUGUCAGAGCAAAUGCACAGCAGCCGAAGCUUUUUGUUGGAAUGAUUCUCAUUCUCAUCUUUGCCGAAGCCUUGGCCUUGUAUGGCCUCAUUGUUGGUAUUAUCCUUUCUUCUCGAGCUGGCCAAUCGAGAGCAGAUUAGAGAAAGGAAAGGUUGCUAUUGUUGGUGACAUGGUGUUGUAGGGAUUGCUUCAGGUUAUUCAUUUUCAUUAUGGCCUUUCAAUUACAUUGUUAAGAGUUUCCAUGCUAAUUUGGAGCCAAGUUUCCUUUGGAAUGAAGCAUAAUAAUCUGUUGCUCCAUCUUUUGCUGUGUUUUAGAUGAUAGUUUCUUGAACAGCCAUUGUUGUAGCACAGUCAUCUCAAACAUUCUUAUACAUUUCUGAUGAUCAUAAUGCCAGCUAAAUCAUAUUUCUUCAA